GCGUUCAUCCACCCCAUGCCUAGGGCCUCACUGCCACGCCUCUGUUUUGUCCCCUGCGCAGUGGGCCGGAAGCAGUUCAUGAGGUUUGAGUGGGCAAACUAUGCAGCUGAGGCCCUCGGCUGCGAGUAUGAGGAGCUGAACACGGCCACCUUCAAGCACCACCUUCGACAGAUCAUCCAGCAAAUGACGUUUGGGCCAAGCCAAAGGGACCUCGAGGACGAGGAAACCAGCUCAGGGCUCAAGAUGACAGGAGUGGAGUGUGUGGAGGGGAUGGCCUCAGGCCUGUACCAGGAGCUCUUUGCGGCCGUGGUCUCACUCAUCAACAGAUCCUUCUCCUCCCACCAUCUCUCCAUGGCCUCCAUCAUGGUGGUGGACUCUCCAGGCUUCCAGAACCCCCGGCACCAGGGCAAGGACCGGGCGGCCACCUUCGAGGAGCUGUGCCACAACUACGCCCAUGAGCGCCUGCAGCUGCUGUUCUACCAGCGGACGUUUGUCUCCACGCUGCAGCGAUACCGAGAGGAAGGUGUUCCUGUGCAGUUUGACCUCCCAGACCUCUCCCCGGGAACCACUGUGGCUGCUGUGGAUCACAAUCCCUCUCAGGUCCGCUUACCAGCUGGCGGAGGUGCCCAGGAUGCCAAAGGCCUUUUCUGGGUCUUGGAUGAGGAAGUCCGUGUAGAGGGCUCCAGUGACAGUGUGGUGCUCGAGCGUCUGUGUGCUGCCUUCGAGAAGAAAGGAGCUGGGACUGAAGGGUCCUCUGCCCUGCGGACCUGUGAGCAGCCCCUCCAGUGUGAGAUUUUCCACCAGCUGGGAUGGGACCCUGUGCGAUACGACCUCACAGGCUGGCUCCACAGAGCCAAGCCCAACCUCUCAGCCCUGGAUGCACCCCAGGUCCUGCAACAGUCAAAAAGAGAGGAGCUGCGGAGUCUGUUCCAGUCCCGAGCCAAGCUGCCUCCUGUGUGCCAGGCUGUGGCAGGCCUGGAGGGCACCUCCCAGCAGGCCCUGCAGAGGAACCGCAUGGUGAGGAGGACCUUUGCCAGCAGCCUUGCCGCGGUGAGGAGGAAAGCCCCGUGCUCCCAGAUCAAGCUGCAGAUGGAUGCACUGACCAGCAUGAUCAAAAGGUCCCGGCUGCACUUUAUCCACUGCCUGGUCCUUAACCCUGUGGUGGAAAGCAGGAGUGAGCAGGAAUCUCCUACACCACCACAGCCUGGUAGAGACAAGCCUGGGGCAGAUGCACCUCUGGCCCUGGAUAUCCCAGCACUGAGGGUGCAGCUUGCUGGGUUCCACAUCCUGGAGGCUCUGCGUCUGCACAGGACAGGCUAUGCUGACAACAUGGGGCUCACUCACUUCCGCCGGCAAUUCCAGGUGCUGGACCCUCCACUCCUGAAGAAGCUCAUGUCGACCUCCGAGGGAAUAGAUGAAAGGAAGGCCGUGGAGGAGCUCUUGGAGACCCUGGAUCUGGAAAAGAAGGCGGUGGCUCUGGGGCACAGCCAAGUUUUUCUCAAGGCAGGUGUGAUCUCCAGGCUUGAGAGGCAACGAGAGAAGCUGGUAUCUCAGAGCAUCGUUCUCUUCCAGGCGGCUUGCAAGGGCUUUCUGUCUCGCCAGGAAUUCAAGAAGUUGAAGAUUCGCCGACUGGCUGCGCAGUGCAUCCAGAAGAAUGUGGCUAUGUUCUUCGCAGUCAAGGACUGGCCAUGGUGGCAGCUCCUUGGUUCCCUCCGGCCCCUACUUAGUGCCACCAUUGGAAAUGAGCAGCUCCGAGCCAAGGAGGAGGAGCUUACAACGCUAAGACGGAAGCUAGAAAAAUCAGAGAAGUUGCGGAAUGAACUCCGGCAGAAUACAGAUUUGCUAGAAAGCAAGAUUGCCGACUUGACCACUGAGCUGGCUGAUGAGCGCUUCAAAGGUGAUGUGGCCUGCCAGGUGCUGGAGAGUGAGCGGGCAGAGCGGCUACAGGCCUUCCGGGAGGUCCAGGAGCUCAAGAGCAAGCAUGAACAAGUCCAGAAAAAAUUGGGAGACGUGAAUAAACAGUUGGAAGAAGCCCAGCAGAAAAUUCAGUUGAAUGACUUGGAAAGGAAUCCUGCUGGAGGAGCAGACGAGUGGCAAAUGCGCUUCGACUGUGCCCAGAUGGAGAACGAGUUUCUCAGAAAGCGUCUGCAGCAAUGCGAGGAGAGGCUGGACUCGGAGCUGACAGCCAGGAAAGAGCUGGAGCAAAAGCUCGGGGAGCUGCAAAGUGCUUAUGAUGGGGCCAAGAAGAUGGCUCACCAACUGAAGAGGAAGUGCCACCAUCUUACCUGUGACCUGGAGGACACCCGCGUCCUGCUAGAGAACCAACAAAGUCGAAACCAUGAGCUGGAGAAGAAGCAGAAGAAGUUUGACCUGCAGCUGGCCCAGGCCCUAGGUGAGUCUGUGUUUGAGAAGGGUCUCCGUGAGAAAGUGACCCAGGAGAACACCAGUGUCCGGUGGGAACUAGGCCAGCUUCAGCAGCAGUUGAAGCAAAAGGAGCAGGAAGCCUUGCAGCUGAAGCAGGAGGUGGAGAUGCUCCAGGACCAUAAAUGGGAGCUGCUGGGGUCACCCUCUCUGGGGGAAAAUUGCAUUGCUGGCUUGAAGGAGAGGCUCUGGAAGUUGGAAUCCAGUGCCCUUGAGCAACAGAAAGUCCAGAGCCAGCAGGAAAACACCAUCAAGCAGCUGGAGCAGCUCCGCCAGCGGUUUGAGCUGGAGAUCGAGCGGAUGAAGCAGAUACACCAGAAGGACCGUGAGGACCAGGAGGAGGAACUGGAGGAUGUCCGUCAGUCCUGCCAGAAGCGGCUCCGUCAACUGGAAAUGCAGCUGGAGCAAGAAUAUGAAGAGAAGCAGAUGGUCCUCCAUGAGAAGCAAGACUUGGAAGGCUUGAUCGGAACCCUCUGUGACCAGAUUGGCCAUCGGGACUUUGACGUGGAGAAGCGACUUCGGAGAGACCUCAGGAGGACACAUGCACUGUUGUCAGACGUGCAGCUCCUUCUCGGCACCAUGGAGGAUGGCAAGACAUCAGUCAGCAAGGAGGAGCUGGAGAAAGUGCACAGCCAGCUGGAGCAGAGUGAAGCCAAGUGUGAGGAGGCCUUGAAGACCCAGAAGGUGCUCACAGCGGACCUGGAGAGCAUGCACAGCGAGCUGGAGAACAUGACACGGAACAAGAGCCUGGUGGAUGAGCAGCUGUACAGGCUGCAGUUUGAGAAGACGGACCUCCUGAAGCGUAUUGAUGAGGACCAGGAUGACCUGAAUGAGCUGAUGCAGAAGCACAAGGACCUCAUUGCUCAGUCUGCUGCUGACAUUGGGCAGAUCCAAGAACUGCAGCUGCAGCUGGAGGAAGCCAAGAAGGAGAAGCACAAGCUUCAAGAACAACUGCAGGUGGCUCAGAUGCGCAUCGAGUACCUGGAGCAGUCCACCGUGGAUCGAGCCAUUGUCAGCAGGCAGGAGGCGGUCAUCUGUGACCUGGAGAACAAGACGGAGUUCCAGAAGGUGCAGAUUAAGAGAUUUGAGGUCCUGGUGAUCCGACUUCGGGACAGCCUGAUCAAGAUGGGGGAGGAGCUUUCACAGGCGGCCACGUCGGAGUCCCAGCAGCGGGAGAGCAGCCAGUACUACCAGCGGCGCCUGGAGGAGCUGAAGGCCGACAUGGAAGAGCUGGUGCAGCGGGAGGCGGAGGCCAGCCGGCGGUGCAUGGAGCUGGAGAAGUAUGUGGAGGAACUUGGGGCAGUGAGGCAGACCCUCCAGACAGACCUGGAGACGUCCAUUCGGCGGAUUGCUGACCUGCAGGCAGCCUUGGAAGAAGUGGCAUCCAGCGAUAGUGAUACUGAGAGUGUCCAGACGGCAGUGGAUUGUGGCAGCAGUGGCAGAAAAGAGAUGGAUAAUGUCUCCAUCCUCAGCUCCCAGCCAGAGGGCAGCCUGCAGUCCUGGUUGAGCUGUACUCUGUCCAUGGCCACAGAUACUAUGAGGACUCCUUCUCGACAGUCAGCCACCAGCAGCCGCAUCCUCAGCCCCAGGAUAAAUGAGGAGGCUGGGGACGCUGAGAGGACCCAAUCAGCACUGAGCAGAGCCUGGUCCACAGAUGUCCGCAGCAAGACCUCGGGAGACAAACCUGUUUCUCCUCACUUCGUCCGCCGGCAAAAGUACUGUCAUUUUGGGGACGGCGAAGGGCUUGCCGUCCAGAGAAAGUCCGCAGAGAGAUUAGAAGCUGCGUCCUCUCCCCUGGCUUCUCGGAGUACAAAUACAUCCCCUCUGUCGAGGGAAAAGCUGCCCAGUCCUUCAGCAGCCCUCUCGGAGUUCGUGGAAGGGCUCCGGAGGAAGAGAGCCCAGAGAGGCCAGGGGUCCACGCUGGGCCUGGAGGACUGGCCCACUCUCCCCAUUUACCUGACGACUGGGGCUUCCACACUAAGGAGGGGCAGGGCUGGCAGUGACGAGGGAAACCUCUCAUUGAAGGUUGGGGCAAAGUCACCCCUGGAAAUCGAAGGGGCCGCUGGUGGUCUCUUGAGGUCCACCAGCCUCAAAUGCAUCUCUUCAGAUGGUGUUGGGGGCACGACCCUACUCCCUGAGAAGGCGAAGACCCGAUUCAGUUCCUGCGAGUCCCUCUUAGAAUCCAGACCGAGCAUGGGGAGAAAACUGAGCUCCCCGACCACACCCAGGGACAUGCUGUUGUCACCCACACUGCGUCCUCGGAGGCGGUGUUUGGAGUCCUCUGUGGACGAUGCGGGCUGUCCAGACCUUGGAAAGGAGCCGCUCGUUUUCCAGAACCGCCAGUUCGCCCACCUGAUGGAGGAACCUCUAGGCAGUGACCCCUUCAGCUGGAAACUCCCAAGCCUCGACUACGAACGCAAGACCAAAGUGGACUUCGAUGACUUUCUCCCAGCUAUCCGGAAGCCCCAGAUGCCUACAUCCUUGGCCGGAGCAGCCAAAGAUGGGCAAGACGGUUCACAGCGUUCAAGCGUCCACUUUGAGACGGAAGAGGCUGACCGUUCCUUUCUCUCGGGGAUCAAGACCAUUUUGAAAAAGAGCCCGGAGCCCAAGGAGGAUCCUGCUCACCUGUCCGACUCGUCCUCAUCCUCCAGCUCCAUCGUGUCCUUCAAAAGUGCUGACAGCAUCAAAAGUCGACCAGGAAUCCAACGACUUGCGGGUGACGGUGGUGAGGGAACGUCCCCCGAGCACAGAGAGCCAGGGGCGGGGAGGAAAGACGAUGAUGUUACAAGCAUAAUGAAAAAAUAUCUCCAGAAGUAGGCACCAGUUCAGCCUCCUUGAAGUUGCCCUUGAAGACUUCCCGACUCUACAAUAACUUGGAGAUAGAGAGACUGGCCAGUCCUCCCCAGUGGCCAAAGCCAGCCAGCACGGCCACCCUCAAGAGACAAGACGGGCCCACAAAGGCAAAUCCUGCAGGGAUGCUGGACUCCCAGUGUGGUUGGCCCGAACAAAAUAAAGUGUUGACUCCUGGA